AUGACUAAUUGGAGAAAAGCAAUGGAAGUAUUUAAUACGCAUGUUGGUGGUGUAGCUAGUGCUCACAAUGAUGCAAGAACACAACUUGAGGCUUUUCAAAAUCAACGACAAAGUGUGUCACAUUUGCUACAAGCACGGGGGCGUGGAAUGGAGGUUGCAUAUCGCCCUCGAUUAACGACAACUUUAGAUGUUACACGCUUUCUUUUGAAACAAGGUUUGCCUUUCCGUGGACAUGACGAGUCAUUGAGUUCCUCAAACAAAGGUAACUUUCUUGAAUUGAUUGAGUGGUAUACCCAAAGAAAUGAUGAGGUUGCCAAGACCAUGAAUGAAAAUGCCCCUGGAAACAAUCAAAUGGAGUCUCCAACAGUUCAAAAGGAUUUAACACGGUCUUGUGCUGCUGAAGUCACAAAUGUCAUUCUUAAUGAUAUAGAAGACAAUAUAUUUUCUCUUAUGAUUGAUGAGUGUCGAGAUAUUUCAGUCAAAGAACAAAUUAGAGUUGUUUUAAGAUACGUGAACAAACAUGGAUGUGUUAUUGAAAGAUUUCUUGCUAUUGUACAUGUGUCUGACACUUCUGCUAUUUCUUUGAAGAAGACUAUUGAUGAAUUGUUUGCAAAAUAUAAGUUGUCAUUAUCAAGAUUGAGAGGUCAAGGAUACGAUGGAGCUUUAAAUAUGCGAGGUGAGUAUAAUGGAUUGAAGGCUCUUAUAUUGAAGGACAAUUCAUCUGCAAGGUAUGUCCAUUGUUUUGCUCACCAACUUCAACUAGUUGUUGUUGCAGUUGCUAAAAGCAAUCGAAUUGUGAGUGAUUUCUUCCAAUAUGUUACUAUGAUUGUGAAUAUUACUGGUGCUUCAUGCAAAAGAAAAGAUAAGUUUAAACAACUUGAACAUGAUAGACUUGUAGAAUGUCUUGAGAAAGGAGAUAUUGUUCUUGAUAUGAUAGUUCAAGAGAUGAAUAAUCGGUUUUCAAAAUCAGGUACGGAGGUACUUACUUGCAUUGCUUGCUUAGAUCCAAAGGACUCUUUUUCUCAAUUUGAUAUUGGUAAGCUACUUCACCUUGCUGAACUUUAUCCGGAGGACUUUUCAUUGACUGAUCGUGUAAUACUUGAGGACCAACUUGAGACUUACAUUCAAAAUGUACGAGCAUUAGUUUUACCAGUUGCAACUGUUUCUGUUGAAAGAGUUUUUUCUACGAUGAAAAUUAUCAAGACUGAUUUGCAUAAUAGAAUGGGGGAUGAGUGGAUGAAUGACAGUUUGGAAUCAGGAUUUGCAGCUGGGUUCAAGGGCCUUUGA